AUGGAGUAUCAAGAGUUUGUUCCGAGAUUAGAAGAACUUCUUAACCAAUUGGUCUCUGGAGAUACUGAUACCGCAAGAAUAAGAACGGCUACUUCUACUUUAAAUAAUAAUUUUUACAGCUCUGUUAAUUGUGUUGCUGCACUUGUACAAAUUUUAUCAUCAUCUACACAUUGGCAGGUACGACAACUUGCAGCUGUUGAAUUAAGAAAAAGAUCAACGAAAUGGUGGUCAAAGAUUGAUUUAAAUACGCAAGCAGCUAUCAAGAACCAAUUACUCGAAGUUAUUUUACGGGAACCUCAUGAGCUUGUACGACAUGCUACUGCGCGUGUAAUCUCAUCUGUUGCUAAAAUCGAAAUACCAGCUGGCGCGUGGAAUGAUCUACUUCAAUUUUUGUAUCAAUGCUGUCAAAGUCCUGAUGCUGGACACCGGGAGGUUGGAAUAUUUGUCCUGUAUACUUUAUUUGAGGUGAUUAUAGAAGCAUUUCAGGAUAAUUUAAGGCAACUCUUUGAGUUGUUUGGCGCAGCUCUUAACGAUCCGGAAAGUAAAGUUGUGCGCGUAACUACAUUGCAAGCUCUAGGGAAAGUUGCUGAAAUUAUUGAAGCUGAUAAUAAAGAAGAAAUACAAUUAUUUCGCGAUCUGAUCCCCUCAAUGGUCAAUGUAAUUCAACAAUGUUUGGAAGCAGGCGAUAGUGAUUCGGCCAUCAAAGGAUUCGAAUUAUUUGAUGGACUUUUAUUAUUGGAAAUACCACUUUUAUCCAAUCAUUUACAACAGCUUAUUGAAUUUGUUUUAAUAGUGUCACGUAACAAUAAAUAUGACGAUUCAGUUCGCGUGAUGUCUUUGCAAUUUCUUAUCUGGGUUAUCAAUUACAAGAAAUCAAAAAUUCAAAGGUUAAAACUUGUGGGUCCAAUAAUUCAACAAUUGAUGCCUAUUGGAGUUGAAGAUGAUCCUGAUGAUCAAGAUGACGAAUCACCUUCCAGAAUGGCUUUUAGGGUUAUUAAUUCUUUGUCCACCAAAUUACCGCCUCAACAAGUUUUUCCGGUUGUCAUGGAAAACGUAGUAACGUAUGUUCAAAAUCAUGAUCCGAAAUUCAGAAAAGCUGGAAUGAUGGCUUUUGCGGUUCUCAUUGAAGGAUGUUCCGAUUAUAUGCGUCCGAAAUUUAAUGAAUUGUUACCACUCGUAUGUAAUGGCUUGCGUGACCCGGAAACGAUCGUUCGUAGAGGUGCAUGCAUUGCACUAGGAUGUUUAGCAGAGGAAUUGGAUCAAGAGAUAGCGGCAAAUCAUGCUACAUUAUUACCUUUGCUAUUCGAUCUUAUGAAUGACCCGAACACUGAAAUUCCAAAGCAAGCAUGUAACGCACUUGAUGCUAUUUUGGAAGGAUUGGAUAAUGAAAUUCUGCUUUACUUGCCUACUUUGAUGGAAAGGUUGUUGCUAUUAUUAGAUAAUGGUCCCAAUGAAGUAAAGGCCACGGUUACAGCAGCUAUUGGGAGCGCUGCUCAUGCGGCUGGCAGUGAAUUUAGCAAAUAUUUUCCUGUAGUAAUUAGCAGAUUACUGAUGCUAAUGACAUUGAACAAGAACAACGAGGAUGUACUUUUACGGGGAAUAGCCACAGACACCGUAGGUUCAGUUGCCGAAGCGGUAGGCAAGGAAUUAAUUCAGCCACAUGUCAAUGACAUUAUGCGAUUAGCAAUCGAAGGCACAAGUCUAGAUAACGCACGCCUUCGCGAAUGUAGUUAUUGCUUGUUUGCUGUAAUGGCACGUGUGUUUAAGGAAGAAUUCAGUGUCUAUUUAGGCACGAUUAUGCCUCAAUUAUUAAAAAGUUGUCAAAUGGAAGAAUUUGACCCAUUUACGCUUGAUGGUAUAUAUUUAUUCUUGCAACAUGUAUAUGCUUAUAAUACACCUUCUUACAAAAAAGAAAUAGCAGCUGAUGUCAUUGGGGAGAUCUUUGCAAACACAAGAUCUAAUUUCCUUUCAUACGUUGAAGCAUCAAUAUCAGAAUUGGUGAAACUUUCCAACCAUCAUUCAGAGGGGGUGAGAAAAUCAGUAAUAUCAUCCUUAGUCAGCUUUCUGAUAACAUUUUACAGUAUGUCGAAUCCAACUCAGUGGGAAGCGGGUUUACCUGUGAAAGUACCUGUACAUGAAAAUGUUCAAAGUAUGAUAACAACUACAAUGCCAGUGAUAUUAUCAAUAAUGGGCGACGAAGAAAGCAAAAUUGUAAUGGUGCAACUAUGUCAAGAAUUUAUUGAGGCGCUCAAGCAUUGCGGACCCGCAAUUGUUGCAGAUUAUAUUGAUCAAAUUGCUCAAAAUAUACUCAAUAUUUAUGAGAAAAAAUCCGCAUCGGAUCUUGUUUCCGCGUUGGCAUUAGUUCUUGGCCCCGGUUUCGCUUCUUAUUUCAAAGUGUACCUUCCACAUAUUACCAAGUAUUACAAAAAAUCAAAACCAAUAUCUGAUAGAUCCAUGGCUAUCGGAUGCUUAGGUGAAUCAACUGUUGGCCUAAAGUCUGGCAUUUCGGAAUUCACUGAACAACUAUUGUCAUUAUAUCUUAAAGCCUUGGGUGAUGAAGAGGAAGAAGUAAGAAGUAAUUCCGCCUUCGCGAUUGGCGUUCUUUGUGAAUAUACUACAAUCGAUAUUAGCAGCCAAUAUAACAUAAUUCUAUCACGACUCCAUCCGCUGUUUAACGGGAAAUCGGAAUUAAAUGUUACCGAUAACGCGUGUGGAGCAGUAUGUCGAAUGAUAAUAAAAUGUCCUCAAGCCAUUCCGAUCGAUCAGGUGUUAGAUGUAAUAAUGGAUACCUUACCAUUAAAGCAAGAUUAUGAGGAGAACGAACCUGUUUUUAAAUGCAUAUUUUACCUUUUCCGUGCAAAUAAUUCUUUUGUGUUGAAUCACAUUCCAGACUUUUUAAAAAUAUUUGCUCAAGUUCUUUCACCGCCUGAAGACCAAUUAAAAGACCAUACGCGUCAGGAAUUAAUAGAUCUCAUAAAAGCCCUUAAUCAACAAUUUCCUGAUGUAGUUGCGAGAUCACCACUCGGUCCAUUUUUACAAGCAUAA